AAUUUGGGAUUAAUGUGUUGAAUAUAUCAUUCUUGCUCAUUAAAGAUAUUACAAAUAAUUGAGCCUAGCACUCAUUAGAGUUGCCGUAGAUCUGAAAAGCUUUUUCGAUGAUGCUGCAUGACAUUAUUGUGCUUUUCAGUGCUGAGAAGUGAGAACUAUAAACUCUAUUUUGGAAAAGAAAGGGACUACCAAUUGAAUAAAACGACGCCGUUUUGUUUAUUUGGAAAAAAAGAAAAAAAAAAAACCAAAACAGAAGCAGAACCAUUCGUGAACCAACCUCCCCUUCUUCCCCAAUCAUUCUUGCACUCCCUGGAGAUCUCUGAAGCAAAGCAAAACCCUAGCCCUUCAUCGCCGCCGCCGUCCCCAGGUCCUCCGCGGCGCCGCUGCUUCCUCUUCCCCGUGUCGUUUUCAUCUUCGCUGGCUUCUCGGCAUGGAACCCAGAUUGUAAUUGCCUGCUGCUGAUGGAUCUGUCUUGUAUUUGCUGGUUGCUGAUGGCUGUAAAUUUUUUUUUUUCAAAUUUACUGAUGGCUCGAUGGCUCUGUUAGUCUGUUGCUUUCAAUUCUUUGCUCUGUUACUGAUGGCUCUGUUACUGAUGUCUCGAUGGCUCUUAAUUUUUUGGUUCAAAUUUACUGAUGGCUUUGUUUGUAGUUGUUGGUUUUGCUGGGUGAAGGUUUAGUCUUUUGGAAUGUUUUAUAAUGUGCUAAUAUUUGUAAUUGCUGGCUUUGUUUGUAAUUGCUGGGUGAAGGUUUAAUGUUUUUGUGAUUAUUGGUUAAGAGGAAUGCUAGGGAGCCAGCAAUUUUGGUGUUUUGUAACCAUCAAUUGGCCAUUAAUAGUGUUUUUAAUGGUGUGAGAUUACAUCUAAUGGUGGGAAAUCACUCGUUUUUGUUUUGAUGGUUAAGUGCUGGCCAGAAAAUACAAAAAUUGCUGGCCCCCUAGACUUUUCGACUGGUUAAUGUUUUGGUUUAGUGUUCUCUCUUUUUCAGAUUUCCCUUCUCCCUGUAUUUUUGCAUGUUGCUGAAUUGGUAAUCAAUAAAUUUGCCUUUUUGCUGUAAAUCGGGACUUUACUAGGAUUUGUUAAAUUUGUUGCUGUAACUUGAAUUUGUUGCUUCCCAGUCACUGAUUCAGAACAGAAUGCAAAGUCAGUGCUUGAUUGAUUGGCUUUGCUCACUGAUUGUAUUUGAUGAUAAAUUUUAAAUUGAUAACUUUUAAAUUUUAAAUCUGCACUUCCUAUGUUACUGAUUCACUGUUCUUUAAGUGCUUUUUGUUGUUGUUAAUCAUUGUGAUGAGCUUUGUUAAAAUUUGCACUGCCUAUAUUACUGAUUCACUGUUCCUUCAGUGCUUUUUGUUGUUGUUAAUCAUUGUGAUGAGCUUUGUUAAAAUUUGCACUGCCUAUGUUACUGAUUCACGGAUUCAUCCCUCUUGUCAUCAUCAUCGGCAUGAACUCCGAACCAAAACCCCAACUCUCUGGAUAAAAUUGUAAUGAAAGCUGAUUGGGACUUUUUCUUCUACUUAAGGUUUAGAUUAGUUGGACCCAACAAUGGGUUCUGAUUCUAAUGUGGCUGGGUCAUCAUCGCCCAGUGCAAAGCGCACCAGAGAUCCUGAAGAGGAAGUUUAUGUUGACAAUCUUCGCUCUCACAAGCGUUACCUUAGCGAGAUAAUGGCAUCCAGUCUUAAUGGACUGACGGUUGGUGACUCUCUUCCGGAUAAUCUAAUGGACUCUCCAGCCAGGUCUGAAAGCAUGUUCUCUCUUAGGGAUGAUAUGUCUUGGCAAUAUUCACCUAUGUCAGAAGACUCAGAUGACUUGAGGUUUUGCGAGACCCCAUUGCACGCUUGCCCGACCCAACUGGACAGUCUUCCAAGCAGUCCAGUUUCUUCUCCAUAUAGGUACCAAAAACCACAGAAUGCAUCCUCUUCAGCACCUUCUAGUAGUUCAAUUGCGUCGCAUAGCUCAACCGUCUUGGCUGUCACAUGCUCCCAGCCUCGCCAACGAGGGUCAGAUUCUGAGGGCCGAUUCCCAUCAUCUCCAAGUGAUAUAUGCCACUCAGCUGAUUUGAGAAGAGCUGCACUUUUGAGAUCGGUGCAGAUGAGAACACAACCUCCCGGGUCUACAUCCAUGGAGUUGCCGUUUGGUUCUUGCCAUGAGCCUAUACCUAAUGUAGAUACCGAGGAACGAUCAUGCUCGUAUAUGAAACCACUGGAUGACGAGAGGGAAUAUCAGAUUGAGGAGUGUUCGGCAAUCAGUAUAUCUGAACCGGAGUUUAACCCUGAUGACAAUAAGUCAGGUAGGGUCUUAGGUGUGAAUGCAAAAUCAACUGACUCGUGAGUAGAGUUGUAGUAUUCAAGUGUUGCUUUAGUCUCUGUCUUCAACAUGAAGCGGGUGCUUGUGUGUUGGUUCUGAGUUCUGAGUUCUGACCAUAGAAGGAAAAGUGUUUUAUAUCUUCAAGAGUUUUCCUUCCCCUCGACCCAAUUUUUAGUUGCUUGUUGCACUUGGGGAAAUUAACACACGACUAAAUUCAUACCAGGAAAAAUGUUAUUCAAUCAUGUAACAGUUGUCUUCUAAGUUUAUGAUCGAGAAAUUAAAUCAAAUUAACUAGCACAUGAAGUCUCACCUUGUUAAAUUUAUUUUGUAUAA